AUUGAGACAACAAAACGUUGUACCUUUUUUUUUCUAUGUUAUGGGUGCGUGCAUUUGUGUUGUCCGGUGUUUGAAGACGCUUGGAAUUCGCUUUCAAUUUCUUCGUAGGAAAAAUGUCGGGUGAUACCGAUAAAGCGAAAAUCAGUGACAAUCAGGAUGAAGAUAAGAAAUCUGGUGCAGGCGAUGGGCAGACAACAGAAGACGAGUCAUCACAGGACUCCAAGGGUGAGUCCAAGACUGAAGAUGCCCAGCUCCAAGGUAACGCUGAUGUAGAUCAACCAGAUACAGGGGACACGCAGACACAGUCAGGAGAUUCAAAAACAACAACAAACGGCAAGGACGACGAGAAUGGCGGAGAAGACUCGAAGAGCGACAAAGUUAAGGCAGAGGCUGAUUCUAAAAAGGAGGAGAAUGGCGAAACUCAUGAUGAUGGAAAAGAUGAUGUAAAAUCCAACGACAAAGGUGCAAAGAAACCACCGCCCAAGAAGAAACCGAAGAAAGAGGACACUGAGGAGGAAGAUGAGGAUGAUGAAGAUGAAGAGGAGGAGGAGGACGAGGAGGGCGACGAUGUAGACGAGGAGGAGAAGAAACCAUCUAAAGACAAGGCAAAGAAACCAGUAAAGAAGGCGAAAGAUCCAGAAGACGACGGGGAGGACGAAGAGGGCGACGAAGAGGAGGACGAGGAGGAAGAGGAAGAAGAGGAGGAGGAGGCGCCCAAACCGAAGCCCAAGAAAGAGCCGACAGAACCACCGGUACCGCUGCCGGCCGGCAAGGGCAUACCGCUCGGCCACAUCAGCAACGUGGAGGUGUCGCUGUCGCGGUUCAAGACGCAAGAUCAGAAGCUGCUUCAUCAAUAUCUGUAUGGGCAACUCUGUUUGGAUCGCAACGUGAAACGGAACAUCAAAAAAUUCAAGGGGUACGAAUGGGCGAUCGGAUCAACGGAGUACAAGGCAAAGCUGGACGAGACCACCAAAAUGGAGCUCAAGCAGUUACGCACCAUGUGCGAGAUGCUCGACUUGGAUAAGAAAGGCGGCCCGAGUGAGCUGGCGGCGCGGCUGGUGGGGUUCCUGCAGCAGCCCGCCGCCAACUCGCCGCACGCGCGGGGCGUGGCGCGCGCGCCGCCCGCCACGCCGCCCGCGCCCGGCGGCCGCCCGAGGCGCUCCGCCGCCGUCAAGGUGCACAACCGAGGCUACUCCGAUGAAGAGUAUGAAACUGAUCCAGAAACAAAAGUCAAGGGACCGAAACCUAACAAAGAGGGAUCUGAAGAUUCUGAUGGCUCGUUCAACCCGAGCGGGUCGGAGGAGGCGGACUCGGACUUCGACCCCGAGGCGGGUGAGAGCGGCAGCGGCGGCGUGCGCAAGCGCAAGUCUGGCGGCCGUCGCCGCUCCGCCGGCAAGCAGUCCAAGCGCAGCCGCAAGCCGCGUGGCAAGAAGGGCAAGGGUAAACCGGGCCGAGGGCGGCGGGCGAAGUCAGACAGUGAAGAGGACAGCGACAAAUCUGAGAGUGAAAGCGACGGAGGAGAGUCAGGAAGCGAAGGGGAGGAGUCUGAUGAGCCGAAGGCGAAGCGAGGCCGGCCGAGCGCAGUGGCGAAGGGCCGCAAGGGACCCGUGGCCAAGAACUCCAGCGCUAAAGCCACGCCUGUCAAGCGGAAAGCGCCAACGCCACCAGGCAAGAAAAAGGCCGCACCAAGCAAGGCGGUAGGCAGACCGGCGAAGAAGGGUAAGAAGGCGUCGUCGGAAGAAGAGUCUGGGGAGGGCAGCGAGGAGGAGGAGGAGGAGGGAAGCGAGGAAGAGGACAGCGGCGACGAGUCCGACGCGCCUGCGGACAAGAAGGCCAAGCGGCCGCCCACUGAUGAAGAGAUAAAGAAGUACGUGAAACAGAUUCUCGAGGGCGCCAACCUGGAGCAGAUCACGAUGAAGACGGUGUGCAAACAAGUGUACAGCCACUACCCGGAGUUCGACCUCGCGCACAAGAAGGACUUUAUCAAGGCCACAGUCAAGUCGUGUAUUUAAGAUGUUAGGCGUUAAGGGAGGAGUGUAGAUGUCUACAUAGUAUACCUAUAGUUUAUAAAAGGACAUAGUUAUAUAUUAUUACAAUAAUAAUAUAUUAUGAAUAAAAUAAAAAAUAAACUGAAUCGAAGUGGAACGGAUAAACAACCGCUUUCCUUUAAAAGCUCAUAUCAUCGUGAGCAGUGACCGGUCGGCCGCACCACACAUAGUGAAGUAAGCUACACCAAUGCAGGCCUCGCGGCGGCGCCUCCACGCUAUAUACACUAUACCUGUAUACCGUACACCGGGGCGUCGUAAUAACGAGGUCCCCGGGCGAUGCAGCGCGGGCCUGUCUCAUUUUAUGUUGUAGGAAUAAUUCCCUCUAGACUAAGGAUAACCAAGUAAACUUAUAGCUAAGGGAUGUUUUAUUUUUACUGUGCCUGUAACACUCGUGUGUCAAUCGAUAUACUUUAUUUUCUUGUUGAGUUUUAUUAAGUUGGGCUCGCAGUCCCCGUGUAAUAGAGUUCACGAUUUAUUUUUGUAUUCAAAUCUUUAGGAGACAUGAUUUAUGUGAAAUGAAUUGUAACAGUAUUUAAAUAAUAUCAAUUGGCAUCUCUUGUAUAAAUUUUAUUGCUUAUUGUUAAUUGGUUUGAGUGGUGUUUUCGGGGAGUAAGCUUAUUUUUUUAACGUAAACGUAGAUUGUAAAAGUUUCGCGCAGUCUGACACUAUCGCAAGGAAUAACAUACUAUUUGGAUAAGAUUGUAGUAAGGUGUACUUUUAAGAACGUGUAAAUACACAGUACUUGCAAUUUUUGGGGCUGUUUUGCAAAAUUACCCUAUUCGGUAUCACGAUAUAUGUAUAUCGAUAAAAUUAUCGAUGAAUUAAAAAUUGUUUGGUAUAAAGUUUUGCGUGAUCCACAGCGCACGGUGUUGACGUUACGCGAAUUAAUAUGUUUAUUUCAUAUAGUGUCCGAUUGACAAAGUUGGUUAUUAAGCAGCUAUUUUAUCGACGGAGUCCGCCGUGCGCUGUGGUCGACGCGAGCUGGUUCCAAAUUGUAAAUUUCGUUUGGAUAAGUUAGCGUAACUCACAGUAUGUAUGUGUUCAAUUGUACGCGGUAGACCUUGGUUCGUCUCAGCAUAUUCAGAUACAGUGCAAUACUUAGUAUCGUCAGUCGACGCAGCGUCUAUAUGGUGCAUGGCAAUGUUCACGUUUCUCUGUUACAUUCAAUUAGAAUAAGUUGGUCCGCUUGAUUCACGUUAGGUGCUUUAUAGCAUUGGGAAUUUGAACUGUGGCCGGUGUCGCUAAAUCCGUGGGUGAGCUAUUUAGUGGUAGGCGGGGGGCGAGCGGGCAUGGACGCCGCCCAACGCCUCCGCCGGGGCAGAGCACUUGCGGUCUGUCCCGACCGACGCGUUGGCCCACAGUGGAUCAGUGUGGUCCGUCGCGCCGUCGGUCUCCCGGCCCGCCCGCGCCCACUAGCGGUAAGAUAGUUUUUAAUCAACAUUAAAUGUGUAUUUGUGAAUUUUUAACCUUAUUUCGGUUGAUGUUUCUUUAUAAAUGUGUAAAUGGCUGAGAUCUGUAGCGACGUAGUGACACGGAGUGAUAGCGAGUGACUGGUUCCCCCUUUUACAAUUGAUAUAUAGAUAAUAAAGUAAAUAAAAGUUUGA